AAGAGGUUCACCCACUCAAUAGUUUAAGUAAUUUGCGUUGUUUUGGUCGUAGUCUGACAAAGAGAACUAGCAGACAGAGAAAGAAGGAAUCAAAAGAGAAUUUCACAUUUAGUGGAGCGGUAGCAUGGCUGUUUUCAACAAAAAAAUACAUUUGGAAUAGUCUUUCACGUCGUCGUCAACCAGCAAGGACUAUCGACAAUUGCUUCUGUGUUUAUGGGGGCGAAGUUCUCAAAGAAACGUCGGUGCGUUUCUUUCGGCCUGAAAUCGGGAAUUUUGUUCAUUUGUGUCCGAUUUGAAUGUUGGUCGGUCUGACACUGGGAGCCGCCAUGGCUGGUGCUGUCGGAUCCUUUAGUGUCAAUAUAAGAAUAUGAAGAUUAGCUAUUGGACCUGAUAUUGUUUUAUUUUGAGAAUCAUUCAACGUAAGCAGACUUGUCGUUCAUGCCAUUGUAUGUAGCCUAUUCCUCUUUACCGCGUUGUUUUUUUAAUGGACUGGCAACUUUGAGAGGCCCAAUUUUAUGAGACACCUGGCUCAGGCCGUUAUUUUCUAGAAUGCCUUUAUAACGUUAGCCUAGGUAAGUGAAAGGAACAUACAAAAUAAAAGGGAUGACAGAUUAUUGCUGAAUGUGGCUGGACGACAGCUCGAGAACAGACACAGCUGACCGGUUCGAAAUUAGUUCGCUAGCUAGCUGGCUGGCUAGCUCGUGUUAGAACGAUAUAAGAAGAAGCAGACCUCUAUCGUGGAAUUGGCUACCAAUUUUUUUUAAACAUUUUUUAAAAUAAAAAAACAACGCAUUCUACAUUCUUUGUAUGACAGUCGAAGACUAAUAGAACUGGAAAAAGUACGAUUCGACUGAAGACGAAGCAGGGAUAACUUGGAUUGGAAUAUGUCGGGUCGGCCCAGAACCACCUCCUUCGCAGAGAGCUGCAAAGCGGUGCCGCAGCCUUCAGCAUUUGGCAGUAUGAAAGUCAGCAGAGACAAAGAUGGCAGUAAGGUGACCACGGUGGUAGCGACCCCAGGCCAGGGCCCCGACCGGCCGCAGGAGGUCAGCUAUACAGACACUAAGGUCAUCGGCAACGGCUCGUUCGGCGUGGUCUACCAGGCUAAACUGUGUGACUCCGGGGAGCUAAUAGCCAUCAAGAAGGUUCUGCAGGACAAGAGGUUCAAGAACCGGGAGCUGCAGAUCAUGAGGAAACUGGACCACUGCAACAUAGUGCGUUUACGCUACUUCUUCUAUUCCAGUGGAGACAAGAAGGACGAGGUGUAUCUCAACCUGGUUCUGGACUACGUUCCUGAGACUGUGUACAGAGUUGCUAGACACUACAGCCGAGCCAAGCAGACCCUCCCCAUGGUCUAUGUGAAGAUGUACAUGUACCAGCUCUUCCGGAGCUUGGCCUACAUCCAUUCCUUUGGGAUCUGCCAUCGGGACAUCAAGCCCCAGAACCUGCUGCUGGACCCGGAGACAGCCGUGCUCAAGCUCUGUGACUUUGGCAGUGCGAAGCAGCUGGUCCGUGGUGAGCCCAAUGUGUCCUACAUCUGCUCACGGUACUACAGAGCCCCAGAGCUCAUCUUUGGGGCCACUGACUACACCUCCAGCAUAGAUGUAUGGUCCGCUGGCUGUGUUCUAGCAGAACUGUUGCUAGGGCAACCCAUUUUUCCCGGUGACAGUGGGGUGGAUCAGCUGGUGGAGAUCAUCAAGGUUCUCGGCACUCCCACUCGGGAGCAGAUCCGAGAGAUGAAUCCCAACUACACUGAGUUUAAGUUCCCUCAGAUCAAGGCACACCCAUGGACUAAGGUGAGUCAACAGCCUUGUGUGAUUGGCUCUCAGGUGUUCCGGCCGCGCACGCCCCCUGAGGCCAUCGCUCUGUGCUCGCGUCUGCUGGAGUACACGCCCACAGCGCGCUUCACGCCCCUGGAGGCCUGUGCCCACACCUUUUUCGACGAGCUCCGGGACCCCAACCUCAAGCUGCCCAACGGGCGCGAGAAGCCCCUGCUCUUCAACUUCUCCACACAGGAGUUGUCCAGUAACCCCUCCUUAGCCUCCAUCCUCAUCCCCGCCCACGCCCGGAAUCAGCCCGGGGCCUUCACUCCUAACAACGCCUCCGCACCCUCAGAUGCCAACAGCGGAGACCGUGGCCAUACCACCAAUGCUGCCUCCGCCUCCAACGCCUCCACCUGAGACCUUCCUGACCCCGCUGCCCAUGCCCGAGCUCCUGGACAACAACAGUGGCAUGGCGGCACACCAACCA